AUGGCACUCCAUCGAUUCAACCUUCUGGAGCGGCUACUCAGCCGGAAUCCCGAACUGAAGGAAGAAUACCACAAGUUUGUGGCGGAAUAUCUUUCCCUUGGACACAUGCGGCGUGUUCGAGCGGACGAUGAUAGUCAUUCCUAUGCAUAUUAUCUACCGUACCACCCGGUGGUAAAAGAAUCAAGCAAAACGACGAAGGUACGAGUUAUCUUCGAUGCGUCGGUUAAGACAGGCUUCUCCCAAAACGAAGCUUUGCUAGUAGGUCCUGUGGUGCAGGAUGACCUCCUUUCAAUCAUCCUUCGGUUUCGCACGUUUCCUGUGGCACUAGUUGGUUAUAUCGCAAAAAUGUAUCGGCAGGUGUUGGGCCAGCCGGACGAUACAGCGUGCCAGCGAAUUAUGUGGCGAUUCGACCCGGCAGCUCCAGUCGAAAGAUAUGAACUGCAGAUGGUUACCUACGGCCUGAGCCCGUCUUCCUUUUUGGUUAACCGUACUCUGCAGCAACUAGCCGCUGAUGAAGGUGAUUCGUAUCCGUUGGAAAAGCCAGCUCUCUAA